ACAUAGAGAAACGCCGGCGAGUGCGGAGGUGAAUGUUUUUAUUGGUAUAGUGUGCUGUUUGUGAUACAAGUGUUGUUGAGUGAAAGCCAGCAAGCUGUUUUCGCCGACGGAAAGCAUGUUGACGAUGGAAACGGACCUCAAGGGUGGCAGCCUGCACGCCACCAUGCCGCCACACCACGGCCUCCAGAGCUACGGCUCGCUGUCGGCGCUGGGACAGGCGCCGAUGCACAGCCUGAGCCAGCAUCCCCAUCAGAUGCACCACCAGCCGCAGGGACCGCAGCUCCAUCACCAGCACCAGCCGCAGAACCACCACCAGCAGACGCACCAGCCCGGUGCCCAGCACCAGGGCCACAACCAGUCGCCGACGAACAACAACAACUCGACCAAGGCGCAGAACAUGGAACGGGUGAAGCGGCCGAUGAACGCGUUCAUGGUGUGGUCCCGCGGACAAAGGAGGAAGAUGGCCCAGGAGAAUCCCAAGAUGCACAACUCGGAGAUAUCGAAAAGACUGGGUGCCGAGUGGAAACUGUUAAGUGAGACCGAGAAGCGGCCGUUCAUCGACGAGGCGAAGCGCCUGAGGGCGGUGCACAUGAAGGAGCAUCCGGAUUACAAGUACAGGCCGCGUCGCAAGACAAAAACGCUACUCAAAAAGGACAAGUACCCGCUGGGACCGACGAGCCUGCUCCAAUCGACGGACCCGUCCAGGAACGCGGCGUCGGCCGUUCAACAAGUAACCGCCCGCGACAUGUACCAGAUGCCGAACGGCUACAUGCCGAACGGUUACAUGAUGCCGGAUCCGAGCGCGUACCAACAGCAGUACGGCGGUGCGAACUACGCCCGCUACGACAUGGGACAGAUGCAGCACGGCUACAUGAACGGCGGCUACGGCACGUACGGCCCGACCACCGUCCCCAACAGCGCCGGGUCGCCGUACGGGAUGCAGCAAGCCGGCUCGUCGCACAGUCCGUCCGGUUCGAGCAUAAAGAGCGAGCCGGUGUCGCCCGGUUCGGGGUUGCACACGCCGACGCCCGGCGUCGGCAUCAAGCGGGAGUACGGGCAGCAGCAACAGCAGCAGCAGCAGGGUGAUCUGCGGCAAAUGAUCUCGAUGUACCUGCCGUCCGACGGAACGCAGCACAUGCAGCAUCAGUACAGUGCGUCGCCCGAUCCGAUGGGACCCGGGCCUCUGGCGCCGCUGGCCCACAUGUGAGAACCGCUGUUCGCGGCCCAGGACUUGGACGUGCCGCCACUGUGAACUCUCGUCGUGUACAUAAAUUUAUAUAUAUAUACAUAUAUGUUAUUUAAGGCGUCUUUGAUUUGUUUUCAAAUUCACUUCAAACAAGCGACUCUACUAAACGCUGUGCGCUCUCAUCUUGGUUCCUUAAACCGCCAAAUCCAGUAUUCAUCCUCGAUGACCCGGGUGUUGCUAGUCGGCCGGCGGCCGAACCGUUCACGUAAGUGUUGUGGCUCUGGCGACUUUUAUUAUUAUUUUAUCGAACUAACCCAACAACAACUCGCAGUACAAAUUUCGUAUUUUCGACUAAAACCAAGGUUCAGGUACGCCACGUACACCUCGAGUCAGUUUCGGUGCACGUGCCGUAUUUAAACCGGUGCAACAAAAACUUGCUGAAACCACACACUUGUGUCAGCUUUUUGUGGGCGAGAAAAACCGCCGGCCGAUUCGGGACGCCAGUAAUUUAUUGUUUGAUAGAACCCAAGCUGUAUCCGUUUUGUAAAUAGUAUUUUAAACAACUGUAAUAUAUAGAUUAUAUUUUAUAUUAUUAUUAUUAUUAUUUGUGAGGAAAAAUUUAGGCGCCAAUUUUUUAACCCUAAUGCGCAAUUUCAAUCUUUCAAUAACCUAAAGUCUAUUCAAAAUUUGAAGUUGUGCACAGUGAUGAAAGGCUUUAAUUCUUACUGUUUUUUUAAAUAUGUUUUAGUUCCACAAUUCGGCGUCUCUAUUUUUUUUUUAAUUAUUAAUAUUAUUAUUUUGGUUACUGUCGACUUUUGUUCCGAAAUAAGCGACCUGAUUAUCAAAAACAAAAAGGUUAAGUACCAAAAAACUUUUGUACAUAAUUCAAAACACGGAAAGGAUGCGUGUUGUUGAUUUUAAAUGAAACUUAUUCGUUCGAAUGGAAAAAAGUACUCAUUUAUUAAUUAAUCGUGUAACAACUUAUCCACCACACACAGUUAUUUAUUAUUAUUAUUAUUAUUACUAUUAGUUUUACAAUGUGCAUCGUUUAGAACUAAAGACAAUGUUGUCUUCAACCGUAUACAUAAUAUUUACUUACUUAAGCAAACCAACCGACUCAGAUCACUUCUUCUUCAGAAAGUGUAGCACGUAGCUGGUAAAUAUUAUGGUCGGUUUUGUCAAACAAAUUUUGAGUUUAUUAGCCCCCCUCCUGUUUGUUGUUUUCAAUUUUAAUCUAAUAAAUUUCAAGAUUUGUUUCAAAUCUCGAUGUCUGUGAUGGGCCGAUUUAAAAAUGAACUCUUUUUUUUAUAAAUUUUUGAAAAUAUCACCGCUUUGUAAAUAUAAAUUUUAAGUUUUUUUGAAUGUACAGUGUGUUACAGUUAUUAGUCAAUGGAACGAAAAUGUGAAUAUAUGAAAUUGACAAGUUAA